AUGAAGAGGAAAGAGAAAGAGAAAUGGAAGAUGGAAGAGGCAGCGAUAGAUCCAAGACAAGCAAAAGUCCGAAAAUUCUUUCAAAGUAGUUCUGUUAUCUCUACUAAAAACCAAAAUGAAGAUAGUGCCGAAUGUGAAGAUGCGACUGUAAAUGAAGCAACCAAUCAACCUGUGAUCAGUCAAGGCGAAUCUACGAUUCAUAAUGAACCUGUCAUUGCAACGUCCAGUGGAACAGGCUACGUUGCAGAAAAGUUUAAUGAAAGUGACCCCGUAAAUUCUACGUCUAUGAAUAUAUCAAACGAAAAGAAGAAGUAUUUGUCUGGUCAGGCCUAUGACGGUGCAGCGGUAAUGUCAGGACGUGAAGGUGGUUUGCAAGCGAAAAUGAAGGAAUAUGUCGGCGAUGAGACAUUUGUUCCGUAUAUUCACUGUAUCAAUCAUCAAAAUUUACAGUACUUUGCGCAUUCUCACAGACGAUGGGAUGAACUUUUAGAAGCAAGCAAAAAUCCAUCACGGAACUCCAACAGUUUUGGCAUUCAGCUUUUAAAAGACCUUAAAAAAGAGAUCUUCGAAUCCGAUGCAGACACAGAAGACGGAUUAUCAUACGAUGAAGCUCACAAAUCACGCGAACGAGUACUCCACAUUAAAGGUUUAAGUACAACCCGUUGGGCUGCACGUAUAAAAGCUAUGGAAGCAUUCAUCCAAAAUUUCGAGUGCAUCGUGGAUUGUCUGGAGAAGGAAAUUUCAAGGGACGCAGCUACCGGCGAUGACAUAAUGACUGCUCAAUCAUUGCUUUCUUCAUUAAAUUGGUUAUUUUUUCUGAAUUUGUUAUGGUGGCAUUCUGUGCUUGAAAUAAUCAGUGUUGCGCAAAUUCAACUGCAGAAGAAAGAAUUAAACUUGAUAACGGCGCAGCAUUGCACUUCAGCAGCAUUGAAGAAAAUGAGAGAUUUAAGGGAUGAAAGCGCCUACAAUAAUUUCAUCACAAAAGCGAGAAGUCAGUGGGGAAAAAUGAGCUUGGAACGUGCUGAUUUUCCAGUUGCAAGAAUACGGAAAAUUAAGAAAAUGCCUGGUGAAAAUAGCGUUGACUGUGUUUUAGAGACGCCUGACAAGCAUCGAGCCAGUUAUUACGAAGUUCUCGAUACAAUGUGUUGCGAAUUACAGGAUCGUGCAAAUGGUUUCAAAGAGAUUAAUAACAUUUUUGGUUUUUUAAUGCCUGAAAUACUGCACAGCAUGAAACCAAGUGAUUUUGAGACCAGCACAAGUAUUUUGUUAGAGAAAUAUACUGAUUUCUUUACAACUGAUCUCAAACAUGAAUUGUCCAGUUUCGCUGAUUUGUAUUUCGCGCAACAGCAUGAUUCUUCAAAUGACAGUCCUUUGCAGUAUUUGGGAUUUAUUGUGAAACAUAAUUUGAUGGACAGCUUUCCAGAGUAUUGUAGUCUGUUCAGAUUGUACCUAACAUUACCAGUUACCACAGCGAGCGCCGAAAGGGGCAUGAGCUCUUUGAAACGAAUCAAAGAAUAUCGCCGUGCCACUCUAGCUGAGGAAACCCUUAAUGACUUCAGUAUGCUUUAUAUCGAAAAAGCAGUUGCGAAUAAAAUUGAUUUGUAUUCGACAAUCGAAAUAUUUGCUGAACAGAAAGCAAGGCGAGGAUUUAAAACUACAUAA